AUGGAUCCGUCUAUACUACCAGUGAAGCUACAGGCUUCAAACUUAAGGCCCAUUGCCUACAGAAUUCUCUCUAAGAAGCAUGGCCUAAAUGUUAAGACCGACGCGUUGAAAUUGCUUACAGAGACUGUGGGCAAUAGAUUUGGUUCCGAUUGGAAGGGCCCACAAUCACAAUUGUUUUUAGAAGAUAUAGCCAGAAUAUGGAAAGUCCAGGAUAGGGGCUUAUUUAUUGACGGAGAAGGUUUAAAGCAAGUUAUAAAUGAGAUGACUAAAGCAGUAGGAAGAUCUUCAGUCUCAUCUUCAUUCAAUGGAGGAAAGUCUAAAUCUGAGGCUGCAGCAGUUGCUGGAAGAUCAGACACAAUCGUGGAUAACAACAACCUGGAAGUUCUUGAAACUAUAGAUGUAGAUGUAGAUGUAGCUCAAUUGGAUGAAGAUGGUCUUAACUGGAAAGACUACUUCAAAACUGUUACCGCAGAUAGUCAACCAAAGUAUCAAAUUGAUAAGGUCAGAAAGCAAUUUUUCCUUGUACCGCCAUUGCAAUCAUCUUCUGAAUUCGAAUUGGGUGCUACUUUGAAUGCUAAAGUAAACUUUUUCAUAAACAGGUAUAGUCUCUUGUCGGACAGGCUAGCUAGGAACGAAAAUUUCCAAAAGCCGACUUUCCUGUCCAUGACGUCCUUCCAUACUACCAAGGGAAACAAUAGUGGUAGCUUAUCUAGGAAUAGUAGCAGUCACGAAAUUACUCUUAUAAAGAACCUUUUAGGAAGAGAUGGAAAAAAAUUCAUACUAUUUGGGUUACUCUCGCAGAACUCCAAUGGUGACUUUACCCUUGAAGAUUCUACAGAUUCAAUCGUGCUAAACAUUACCCAGGCAUUCAAAACUGAAGGCUCGUACUAUUGUCCAGGCAUGUUCUUAGUGGUUGAGGGUAUUUAUUCAGCAUCUGGUGGAGUUACGUCUUCUGCUGCGAAUAUUAUUGGGGGUUGCUUUCAUGUGAGUAAUAUAGGACACCCACCCGCUGAAAAAAGGGAAGCCAGCUUGGAAAAUUAUGGGAAUCUUGACUUCAUGGGAAUACAUGAUACAGAAUCUCUGACGAAUCAUAUCUCGAGAAUUGAUAAGGCUUUCAAAAAGAAACUCACUUCCCUUGAAAAGCAAUUGGUUGAUCAUAGACUCAUCAUUAUGGGAUCAGACUGCUUCCUUGAUAAACUGAAGACAGUAGAAGGUUUAAAUAAAUUCUUCAGUAAGUUGGAAUUAAAAAUUGAAAAUGGGGACUAUGAACCUUUAGCCAUAAUUUUUACAGGCUCUUAUAUUUCCACACCGCUUACUGCCACUAAUACUUCAUCCACGGCGAUACCGAAUUCAGCUUCCUAUAAAAAUAACUUUGAUUCGUUGGCAACAUUGGUUUCUAAAUUCCCUAAUAUUGUAGCCAACGUUAAAUUUAUCAUAUUACCAGGGUCGAAUGAUCCAUGGCAAUCUACAUUUGCAUUAGGGGGUUCUAGCACCACCAUAUGGCCACAAUCCCCAAUACCUUCAAUUUUCACUAACAGAUUAGCUAGAGUGUUACCUAAAGGUAAUUUAUUAAUAGGGUGGAAUCCCAUCAGAAUUAACUAUCUUUCCCAGGAAAUCGCUAUUGCACGGGAUGACAUUUGUCAAAAAUUGAAGAGAAAUGAUAUUAUUUUCCAAAGUGAAAUGGAAUUAGAAAAGGAGAACUUGCAAAGAGAUAAAGACAGAGAAAAAGAAGGAAAGGGCCAAGAGAUUGAUAUCGAAGAAAUAUUGAACAAACCUGAGAGUACCGUACCUCUCAAAAUACAACAAGCUAGAAAGUUAGUGAAAACUGUAUUGGAUCAGGGUAACUUGCAGCCAUUCAAAAUGGACUUGAAAGUUUUUAGGCCAUACUAUGAUCACGUACUCAGAUUGGAGCCACUUCCCACGAUAUUAAUAUUGAAUGACUCCACAUGCAACUCAUUCGAAGUUACUUACAAUGGAUGCAAGGUAGUGAAUGUUGGAUCUUUAAUUGGGACCUCAAGGAAGUUGAAUUAUGCGGAAUACCAACCGUCAUCAAAAAAAUUUACCUUCAAAGAGGUGUUUUUCUGA